AUGGCCACACCUGCGGACUCGAAGCAGGAAGUCAAGCCGGUGAAGGUCUCGAAGCCUCGGAUUGACUGCAUUGACGGCUGCCGCUUCGCAUUGGUCUUCCCCAUCGUCAUUGCGCACUUUGCGAGGUUUGGCACCAGCAAUCUGACGGCGCUGAAGCUGCUGACGCAGGAGAACGUGCUCGUGGGAGGCUUCUUCGUCAUCUCAGGAUAUGUGUCUGCCUACACCUCCACGAAGCUAGGCGAGCGGAAGGCAGAGGACAAGAAGCUGGCCAACCCAGAGCUCUUCUUCUGGCAGAGGGUGAUGGCCUACUAUCCUUUGCACUUCGUGAUUUCCUGCCUCUUCGCCCCGAUGUUCAUCCAGGUUGAGAGGUGGUACAACACUCCCUGGACCACGACCGCCUUCCGUGCCUUCCUGAACUUCAGCAUGCUGCAGGCUUGGUUCCCCAAGGAGGCGGAGAUCUGGAAUCAGCCGACUUGGUUCUUGUCGGCUCUGACGUUCUCGAACCUCACUAUGCCGACGUUCGUGCUCCCGCAGGUUGCGCAGCUGUCCAAGAACGGCCUUCAGAAGCUCUUCGCCGCCUUGACGGGCAUUUCGCUCCUGCAGAAGGUCUCUUACUCGGAGACUUCCCGCUUCCACAGCAGCAAGGAGCACCCGGUCAACGGACAGGUGAUGCACCCUCUGAUCUGGAACCUGACCCGCUUCCACCCCUUCUGGGCGCUGAUCGAGAUGACGAUGGGCAUCGUCGCGGCCAGGCACGUCAUGCUGGACACGGAGGAGGACAAGAAGAAGCCGACCACGAAUCCUCUUUGGAUGUUCUUGGCUGCUUACGCUUCUCUUGGCCUCCGGCUGACCCAGUUUGAUUUCAACGAUGCCAUCAUCCGCGGCGUUCUCUUCGUGCCGCUCUUUACCAAGUUCUUGACGCAGAUGCAUCGGGACGCGCUGACAGCGAAUCCCGCUCCAAUUACCAAGUUCUUUGGCUCCAAGCCGAUGGCCACCCUCGGUUCCAUCGCCUUCCCGAUGUUCAUUCUGCACGGACCGAUUGGCCAGAUCUUCUACAAGAAGGUGCUCGCGAAAAAGUUGUGGGGCGGGCCCAUGUCCACGAGAUUCUUCCCGAUUUAUCUCGCCAUCUGCCUUGGCAUGAGCCACCUCACGAACGAAUACUUCGUGAAGAACAAGAAGGUGGGCGCCAUUGCCGGAAAGGUGGCCCAAGUUUUGGGGUGUCCGGGGACGCUCCAAAGUCUGAAGCUGUGUCUUUCCUGUCAGGCUGAUGCCAAGGCCAUGGCCACACCUGCGGACUCGAAGCAGGAAGUCAAGCCGGUGAAGGUCUCGAAGCCUCGGAUUGACUGCAUUGACGGCUGCCGCUUCGCAUUGGUCUUCCCCAUCGUCAUUGCGCACUUUGCGAGGUUUGGCACCAGCAAUCUGACGGCGCUGAAGCUGCUGACGCAGGAGAACGUGCUCGUAGGAGGCUUCUUCGUCAUCUCAGGAUAUGUGUCUGCCUACACCUCCACGAAGCUAGGCGAGCGGAAGGCAGAGGACAAGAAGCUGGCCAACCCAGAGCUCUUCUUCUGGCAGAGGGUGAUGGCCUACUAUCCUUUGCACUUCGUGAUUUCCUGCCUCUUCGCCCCGAUGUUCAUCCAGGUUGAGAGGUGGUACAACACUCCCUGGACCACGACCGCCUUCCGUGCCUUCCUGAACUUCAGCAUGCUGCAGGCUUGGUUCCCCAAGGAAGCAGAGAUCUGGAAUCAGCCCACCUGGUUCUUGUCGGCCCUGACGUUCUCGAACCUCACCAUGCCGACGCUGGUGCUGCCGCAGGUUGCGCAGCUGUCCAAGAACGGCCUUCAGAAGCUCUUCGCUGCUUUGACGGGCAUUUCGCUCCUGCAGAAGGUCUCUUACUCGGAGACGGCCCGCUUCCACAGCAGCAAGGAGCAUCCAGUCAACGGACAGGUGAUGCACCCUCUGAUCUGGAACCUGACCCGCUUCCACCCCUUCUGGGCGCUGAUCGAGAUGACGAUGGGCAUCGUCGCUGCCAGGCACGUCAUGCUGGACACGGAGGAGGACAAGAAGAAGCCGACCACGAACCCCCUGUGGCUCUUCCUGGCGGCUUACGCUUCCCUGGGUCUGCGUUUGACCAAGUUCGACUUCAACGAUGCCAUCAUUCGCGGCUUGAUCUUUGUCCCGAUCUUCACGAAGUUCCUGACACAGAUGCACAGGGAUGCGCUCUCUGCGAAUCCGGCAGCCAUCACACGCUUCUUCGGCUCCAAGCCGAUGGCCACGCUGGGCUCCAUCGCCUUCCCGAUGUUCAUCCUGCACGGCCCCAUUGGACAGAUCUUCUACAAGAAGGUUCUGGCUAAGCGGAUCUGGGGUGCGCCGAUGCCGACGUCGUUCUUCCCGUUCUACCUCCUUAUCUGCUUGGGUCUGAGCCACUUGACGAAUGAGUACUUCGUCAAGAACAAGAAGGUGUCAGCCAUCGCGGGCAAAGUUGCCCAAUUCCUGGGAACAAUGAGCCAGGCACAAGGCCUUGUUGAUGCUCAAGCAGCGCUCUUGCAGAGCAGGGCAGGACGAUACAAUGCCGAGCGACUGAUGAGCCAUCCGGCAGUGGGCAGCGUCGAGCGAAUUGCCCAUCUGGCUCAAGCCCAGCUCCAGUGUAAAUGCUUCUCCUUCUUGGCAUGUGCGCAGCGCUGCAACUUGAAGGCAGAUGCAAAGGCCAUGGCGAUGCCACCUGACGCCAAGAAGGACGUGAAGCCCGUCAAGGUCUCAAAGCCUCGCAUUGAUUGCAUCGACGGCUGCCGGUUUGCCCUCGUCUUCCCCAUCGUGGUCGCUCAUUUCGCCAGGUUCGGAACGAAGAAUCUGACGAUGCUGAAGUUGCUCACGCAGGAGAACGUGCUAGUUGGAGGCUUCUUCGUGAUUUCCGGGUAUGCCGCAGCCUCAGUGUCCGCGUACACUUCCACGAAGCUUGGCGAGCGCAAAGCGGAGGAGAAGAAGCUAGCCAACCCGGAGCUCUUCUUCUGGCAGAGGGUCAUGGCCUACUAUCCUUUGCACUUCGUGAUUUCCUGCCUCUUCGCCCCGAUGUUCAUCCAGGUUGAGAGGCCCGACAUGGGGCACAUCACGGCACAUCACGGCACGUACGUCGGUGAGAAUGUCAGUGUAGACAAGAAUUCUUCCGAAGUUGCUGCGCAGGCUUGGUUCCCCAAGGAGGCGGAGAUCUGGAAUCAGCCGACUUGGUUCUUGUCGGCUCUGACGUUCUCGAACCUCACUAUGCCGACGUUCGUGCUCCCGCAGGUUGCGCAGCUGUCCAAGAACGGCCUUCAGAAGCUCUUCGCCGCCUUGACGGGCAUUUCGCUCCUGCAGAAGGUCUCUUACUCGGAGACUUCCCGCUUCCACAGCAGCAAGGAGCACCCGGUCAACGGACAGGUGAUGCACCCUCUGAUCUGGAACCUGACCCGCUUCCACCCCUUCUGGGCGCUGAUCGAGAUGACGAUGGGCAUCGUCGCGGCCAGGCACGUCAUGCUGGACACGGAGGAGGACAAGAAGAAGCCGACCACGAAUCCUCUUUGGAUGUUCUUGGCUGCUUACGCUUCUCUUGGCCUCCGGCUGACCCAGUUUGAUUUCAACGAUGCCAUCAUCCGCGGCGUUCUCUUCGUGCCGCUCUUUACCAAGUUCUUGACGCAGAUGCAUCGGGACGCGCUGACAGCGAAUCCCGCUCCAAUUACCAAGUUCUUUGGCUCCAAGCCGAUGGCCACCCUCGGUUCCAUCGCCUUCCCGAUGUUCAUUCUGCACGGACCGAUUGGCCAGAUCUUCUACAAGAAGGUGCUCGCGAAAAAGUUGUGGGGCGGGCCCAUGUCCACGAGAUUCUUCCCGAUUUAUCUCGCCAUCUGCCUUGGCAUGAGCCACCUCACCAACGAAUACUUCGUGAAGAACAAGAAGGUGGGCGCCAUUGCCGGAAAGGUGGCCCAAGUUUUGGCGAGCUGGACUGAGGGCAUGUUGCGCGAUCGUGAGUAG